CUGGGUUCUCGUCGUCGUGAGGAGCUCUUUUUUUUGAGAAAAGUUUCAGCUCGAGGCUGGAGAUUGCCUGCUCUUUCUCUGAAGCAACGCCUCGUGUGGAGACAGCAUCAGAUCAGACGACAAACGCUUGCCUUGAUCAUUUAUCGGGAUUUUUUUUUUCUCGAAAAGACCCUUACUUGAGGCUUCGCUUGCAUCAUCGCCAUCACCACUGCCUUUGACGAUAACUUCUCAGGUCGCAUGAAGCGCACGACUACCACUAAACCUACGGACGUAACGACAUGACGACGGCGAUGACGCCAUCGACGGGGGCAUUUGGCGCAGGUCUCUAUCGCAAGACAAGCGGUAGCAACGCCGUUCCCGGCGAAGAGAGAAGGGCCGGCGAAAGAGGAAGGAGUUCCUCCACGGACUCCGUCAGGCAAAGGUCCGAAGAGCGCAACAGCCGAUGGGGCCGGAGAACUGUGCAAGCUGCUGUGACCGCCGACCGAGAGCGAUCGCAGCUCCUGAGAACCGUCUCCCACCUCAACAAGACGCAAAAGCCAGGCGUCAGCAAGCUGCCGGGCGACGAAAGCCUACCGCCCUUGUCGCCAGCAGACUUUGUUCCGCCGCCGCAAUACCAAGACAGAUCACGUUCGGCGCGGUCUCUGGACCUGGGACGAAGACGAGGCCUAUCUGCAAGCGAAGGAAGCGGACCCGCUCGGACCAGUGCUAGGUUGGAAGACGAAAAUUCGCUGCCUUCAACGGCGGGGCUGGGGUCUCUGGGGCGAGCCAAGGCGGCGCAGGCUAGAGCGAAGCUUCGCCGCUUCAGCGUCUCUCAACUCUCUCUGAGCGCAGUCUCUUCCUCUUCUUCUCACAAUGCAUCAUCAGCUCCUUCCCCAGCACUUGCCAACAAUGCCGAAGCUAUGCCAACAGUGAAGACAACAGCAACAACACCUCCAUUAGCACAAGCAGCUACCAUAUUAGCACCUAGAACAGUCAUUUCCGGAGCCGCUGCUCCGGUCGGCAACACAAUCAUGCUUAAACCACGCCUGGCAUUGGCCAACGCGUCUCCUUGCUCGUCGUCGGAGCCUGAAUCGUCGGGUUUGCAAUUAAAUGAGGAGCCAACCAGCAUCAGGCAAGGCCAGCAGCAGCAGAGCGCAGAGGGUCCUUCUCACACCACUUUGCAGACACCGGAACCCUCUCCCAUUGACAAUUACAAAAUCCCCCCUCCCUUUCAGAAAUUGGCGAAUGCGAAAGAGGAGCGUCGUUCCACAAUUUGCAGGAGCCCGAGCCCGAAUCUAGACGUCAGCGCGGCCGAUCCUUCGUUGAAUUGCAGCAACGACUACGCACUUUCCUCCGCACCACAAUCGAGCGGCGAGGCGGUGUUCACUUCCUGUGACGAGGUGCAACAAAAGGCCAGCCUCGGUGGGACCAGCACGGGCCGACCGGAUCAGGAAAUUUGCUCUUCGCAUAUCUCUCCCCUCCACGCAGGCGAAGGCAGUCAAGGCGGCGAGAACUCCAGAUUGUUGCAGCAAAGACAGGAGCACCCUUCAUCGCCUUGCGAUCCCACUGACACAAAUUGCUCUCGCAUCGUCUCUAGUCGCCCCUCCCUCGACUCGAUUCGUUCCGAGCACGUCGAAGAAACCGAGCGGACCGACAACACGCUCUUGCCGGGUCGCGCGAGCCGGAUACACGCCUCUGAUUGUGAUUCGGCGGGGGGUCCGUCACUGAGGCAUAUGGCCGCGGCUUCGACCGACGCCCUCCGCGCACCUGGUCAUCGAGAGCGUGGAGCAAGGAUGAGUCUCGAUGUGCGGCGUGGAUCAAAGGGGCUGAACGACGGCAGUCACCUGGAGACGAUGACGACUAUGGCAUCCCGGCGCCCCGACCCUUUGAUGCCUAUGGCCGAGCCGCGCUCUUCAACCCGCGUCUCCUUCUCCCUGCUUCGUCCAGCGAUCUCUGCAAAGGAAGGGGGCAUGCGCCGAUCGAGUCUGGCCUCGCUCUUUUCAAGAUCUCGCGAGAACUUGCAAAUCACGACGGGUGACGCUGGCGAGGAAGAGAUCAAGUCGCCAAGGCGCCUCUCAGAGGCUACUCUGAUUGCAAAGAGCUUCAUGCUCAAGACUUUCGGCGGUGUCGGCCCCAAUCGGCAUUCCUUUUCCAACGGCAAAGACCUUCCAAGCAGCCAGCGGCCAUCGACUACGUACAGCCGCGAAGCCCGCGGCUCGUCUUCCUGGCCAAACGAAGAGGAACAGCCCAGCAGGGAGGCGGCGUCGCAGGUGUUCGCGUCCGCCUUUGGCGCGCCCCACUCGAGCGCCCUCGACGAAGGCCGUCCCGAUCCUCCGCCCUACUCGAGCGUCCGCAGCGUCAACAGCGCCAACUCGCGCCCGGUCAGCCUCGUCUCGGCUGCCACGUCCUUCUUUUCGAUCCAGGCUGGUCCAAAUCAAGGCAGCACCACUUCUUUUACCGCCUCGCCCGUACGGCGACAGCAGCCCUUGCCCGUCGACCCUCCCUCGUCGUCAGAAGUGCCAAGUUCGCCUGCAGGUCUCUUUGCUCCUACCAGCAGCUUCCAGCGACUACCUCAAGGCGCCCCACACGCGACGAUGCAGCUACUGUCUCCCGAUGUGGGUCCCUUGGGUGAGGAGCGCUCUCCGUUGGCGCCCGGUCCUUCCUCAUCGCGCCUAGGCCAGGACUCUACCUUGCAAGCGGCUACAGCACGCCCGUCACCGCCGUCCUCCCCUCGCGCAGCUUCGCGCUCUGCACUCGGUCUCGAGCAGGGAGCAGAAGUAGACCACUCUAAGGGCAAGAUGAGGCAGAGCGACUCCGUAGCAAUGAGGAGAGGUUCCAGCAUGGGCAUCGACGAGGAGCAAGAUGCCAUUGACCGAGCCCAGGCCUCCUCGACGAUGACACUAGGGGCACCGAUCACGCAACAGCUGCACCAGCAGGAGCAGGGCGCCACAGAUGCAAGCGGUGACAACGGUGGCACAGCAGGAGGAGCGAACAGCGGGGCCUCGAGGAACAGGUCGGCCAGAAGCUCACGUCUUUCCCAUCUCCCCAGACUCAACUCGAUGCGCGUCGAGGCAGGGUCAGGCGUAGGAGGGAUGGGAGGUGCAGGGGGCGCGGGGGGCGAUGGAGGCGACAACAACGAAAGGCGAGAUGAUGUCAAUGGGCCGGCAUCUGCCGGUGGUGGCGAAGACUACACGAGCGAAGAAGGUACCGGCGACGAGGCCGAGUCUCGGGACGAAGAAGAAGUCGAGACCGACACAGCAACCGACGAAGAUUACGACAGUUUUUUGUCUGGAAGCGAAGAUGACCUCGACGGCUCGAUGCCUGGCUCGAUGCCGACGCAUGAACGCCGUCCCUCAAGGGGCCUUGAUCAUCAUCGGGCGAGGUCGUCGCGUUCAUCGGCUGAUGCGAGUACCACCCCUGCUACCUCUGCCGAGGGACCAUCGGAUGCCGGCAUCAGUAGAUCUCUGAAACCUGAAGGCAUCCAGUUGCCACCGACCCCACAGUUUGGAAACACUUCUACCGCCACGCCCGACCAGGGUUUUCACGGCCAAGCGAUUGGCAAGGACUCCUGGACACAGUUUGGCGCAUCCACCCCAUUCGAAUCACCGUUGCCUACAGUGACGCCCCGAGCAGGCCCGAUGGCUAGCACUAGAUUCACAGCCACACCGCGAGGCGGCCAAACGCCCAAGGUGGGCUCGUCUUCCGAGGCGACGGCCGCGGCGGUGGCCAGAAGUGAUACAGGAGGGGAAAGCUCCUACUUUAACAUCCAUCCGGUUGCUCCCCGCCUUGCGAAUGGGGCUGCAUCUGCCACGAAUGGUGACAUGCCCCCACCUUCACCGUCGAUCAUCUCCCGCCAUCGCGCUCCAUCCUCGGCGAGCACGCGCUCAUUCAGGUCGAUUCCCAUGCCGACUCCGAAUCGCGAGAUUCCCCAGCUGCCGCCCAUCGUGCCCAUGAAAUUCAGUGGCAAGGAUAGAGCAAAGUCACCCGUCCCGCAACCGGCUGCACAGGCAAACGGCGUGGCCCCUCCGUCCGGAUUGCCCGACGUCAGGACGAAAACCCAACGUCCCUCGACUUCACUUUCCAGCCAAGAUGCAGAGAAAAGGAUCUUGUCGCCUUUGCCUGCGCCAGGUGGAAGUAUGCGAAGCUCACCAUCGGCUCGACCGGGCCUCUACCAGCAGCAGUCGCGCUCUCUCAUCGAUCUCAGCGCCACCGCUCGUGAGGUCGAGAAGCGGCAGCAUGAGCAGCAAUCGACUCCCGCCCUCGUUGCUCCGCACAGUGCCAAAGUUGCACACAGGGAGCUUGCUCCCGACGCGAGCGAUUCGGCCCUGCUCAUUCCGCCACAGAGCCCAGGGGGCUUGCCACGAAGGAGAAGGUCGAUGUUUGAGGUCGGCGCUGCUCCUCCGCCUUAUUCAAUCAUCCAUCGCCGGCCCGAGGGGACUCAGAUGAUCUAUCCUCGUGAGGAAGAGGGUAAGGAGAAGUUGCCGAUCUACAACUGCUCUGUUCACAUCGAAGGUUACCUGCCGCGUAAGAUGGAAUUCAGCGCACCGGGAAUCCAGGCCAAGGAUCGGAGCUGGCGAAGACUCUAUUUCGUCCUUCACGGAACGAGUUUGAGGGUAUACAAGUCGGAUCUGUCCGGUGAUUCCUUGGCUGCAAAGGGUGCCUGGGGAAUUAUGGAUGGCGUGCAUGUUCACAAGGAGCCCAUGAACGAGGAUGGGUCCGCACCCGCGGCGGCACCUGCUCCUUCGUCAAGCACCAACGGCACAGCUCCACCGUCAAACACUCACCACGGCCUCACCGCAGCCGUCGGCGCGGUGUCGAAUCUGACGAGCUCUCUCGUCCACCACCCGUCUACUUCCUCUCCAUCUUCGUCAUCACUCCAGCCGCCCAAGGCAGGUCUGAUCCGAAAUUAUACACUCCAAGGGGCCGAAUCAGGCCUUGCGGCAGACUAUCUCAAGCGUCGGCACGUCGUCCGUGUCCGCGCAGAGGGCGAGCAGUUUCUGCUGCAAACCAAGAGCGACCGGCACGUCGUGGACUGGAUCGAGGCUUUUCAGGCCAGCACCAAUGUCUCGUUGGACCUCGAAAGGAGGCCGAUGCCGAAAUUUAUCACGCUUCCGAGGCGGCGAAGGAGGAGGCGUCCCCAAGAGGCGGCAGCGGCGGCUGGUGGCGCAGCGACUACUGCCGGUCAAAGCGCAGCACCACGCACGGCAGCCGAACGAGAGGCAGCCGAUCUCGCAGAGGCUCAGCGGAGGUCGAUGUCCGAUGCCCGUGGUGGUACCGCUGCGGCACGGAAUACAGGGGCAAGGAGAAUCAGCCCGCCUCGACCCUUGGGCCUGCCGGGCGACGAUGCAAACUCGACACCGGAUCCCAGUGCUGCAUUUGACGAGAUGCUGAGGGAAGAGCACGAAGACAUGUCGAGACAAGAGGCAGGCGACAUUUGAGCUGCUCUUUGACGAGUCUCCCUCUUGCUUUGAUGACACCUAAAAGAAGGCCCCAUGGUCCUCUCAAAUUUUUCUUUCAUGUGAUGCUUUUCUCUUUUCUUUCUUCUUUGGGUUCAUCGUUUUCGCUCAUCCUCUCUCACAAUUGAAGUACCAUACUGGCAAUGUUCUCAAUGCACACAAUGUUCGAGCG